AUCGCAAUGUCGCUCUCAAGGAACGCCAUAUCGCGGCUAGGCCCCGUGCGGCGCAGCACAGCUCUAUCUACCUCCACAACAACAACACCUCAAGACGACCAGUGGCCGCAAAAAACACCCCUAGGAUCCUACUACGAAACAAUCCACGACCACCCCACCGCCUACACGCCUGCCAAACCGCCAAAGAAGACAUCCAGCCACAGCCCCAGCCCCAGCCCAGCCGAUCAAAAGAAAGCCCAAGACAAAAGUCCCGCAAAGACCUUUUCCACGCAACAGCCGCCGUCGACAUCCCCCGAAUCAAGAGCCCGCGUCAUCUUCGGCUCCCGCCUCCUCGGUCCCGCCGAAGAAGCCGACCGCCUUGCCCUCAAGAAGGCGAAAUCCACAUACGUUGCCGGCGUGCUGAUACCUCCGCGCCCGGAAGAGCCCGACAACUGCUGCAUGAGCGGGUGCGUCAACUGCGUGUGGGAUCGCUACAGGGAGGACCUCGAGGAGUGGACGGCGAAGAAGGCUGAGGCGAAUGCGAGGCUGAGGGCUAGGAGCGGCACCAUGGAUGCUGACGGAGGCGGGUCGGAGACGGCUUGGACGGCCAACAUUUCGAAAGAUUUGUGGGACGAGGAGGCGUUGAAGAAGGUCCCCGUUGGCAUCCGCGAGUUCAUGAAGCAGGAGAAGCGGUUAAAGGAGCGGCACCAGAGAGAAGGGACAAUGGGCGGUUGA